CAAAAAAGCCCUAAAACCCACCGCUACCUCUCCUCCUCUCCCAUGGCGCGCCUCACGCCCUCCAAAUCCACCCCCCGCGGGGGCAAGCCGAGGCCCUCCUCCUCCCCGGCGGGCGCCGUGGCGGACCAGCAGAGGCCGCCGCCGCCGCGGCGGCCGAAGCAGGCUAAGGGGGCGAGCAAGAACAAGAAGGCCAAGUCGGGCGGGUUCGAGUCGAUGGGGCUCUGCGAGGAGGUGUACCGCGGGGUGCGCCACAAGGGGUACCGCGUCCCCACCCCCAUCCAGCGCAAGGCGAUGCCGCUCAUCCUCGCCGGCCACGACAUCGCCGCCAUGGCGCGCACGGGCUCCGGGAAGACCGCCGCCUUCCUCGUGCCCAUGAUCCAGCGCCUCCGCCGCCACGACGCCGGCGCCGGCGUCCGCGCGCUCAUCCUCUCCCCGACGCGCGACCUCGCCACGCAGACGCUCAAGUUCACCCAUCAGCUUGGGAAGUUCACUAAUCUAAAGACUAGCCUGAUCGUUGGUGGAGAUAGCAUGGAGAGUCAAUUUGAGGAAUUGGCAGAAAAUCCAGAUAUCAUAAUUGCAACACCAGGCAGACUUGUGCACCAUUUGGCGGAGGUUGAGGACUUGAACCUUAGGACAGUCGAAUAUGUUGUGUUUGAUGAAGCAGAUUCCCUCUUUAGCUUGGGGUUGAUCCAGCAACUGCAUGAAAUUCUACAUAAGCUGAGUGAUACGCGACAAACAUUGCUCUUCAGUGCCACCUUGCCACAAGCCCUUGCAGAUUUUGCAAAAGCUGGCCUUCGUGACCCACAAAUUGUAAGACUUGAUUUGGACAAAAAGAUCAGUCCUGAUCUUAAACUUGCCUUUUUCACACUGCGCCAGGAGGAGAAACUAGCAGCUUUACUGUACUUGGUCAGGGAGCGAAUCAGCUCUGAGGAACAGACAAUAAUAUUUGUUUCAACCAAGCAUCAUGUAGAGUUCUUAAAUACUCUGUUCCUUGAGGAGGGCUUAGAACCUUCUCUUUCCUAUGGUGCUAUGGAUCAAGAAGCCCGCAAUAUUCAUAUUUCAAAAUUCAGGGCAAGAAAAACCAUGUUACUAAUUGUGACAGAUGUUGCUGCAAGGGGUCUGGAUAUCCCAUUGCUUGAUAAUGUGGUGAACUGGGACUUUCCUGCAAAGCCUAAAUUAUUUGUUCAUAGGGUUGGAAGAGUAGCCCGACAAGGUAGAAGUGGAACAGCAUAUUCAUUUGUCACUUCAGAGGAUAUGCCUUAUUUAUUGGACCUCCAUCUAUUCCUUUCAAAGCCUCUUAGACCUGCUCCAACAGAGGAGGAACUCCUGAAGGAUAUGGAGGGAAUGAAUUUGAAAAUUGAUCAAGCUCUUGCAAAUGGAGAAACAGUAUAUGGGCGUUUUCCUCAGACAAUCAUUGAUCUUGUCUCAGAUGGAGUAAAAGAAGUCAUAAGUGGUUGUACAGAUCUGAUUGCAUUGGAAAAGCCAUGCACUAAUGCUUUCCGGUUAUACUUGAAGACUCGUCCAAUGCCUUCACAAGAAUCAAUCAGAAGGGUAAAAGAUUUGCCUCGUGAAGGUCUUCAUCCAAUUUUCAGGGAAGUACUUGGGUCAGAUGAGCUUUCAGCUCUUGCCUUCUCAGAGCGCUUGAAAUCAUUUAGGCCAAAGCAGACGAUUUUAGAGGCCGAGGGUGAAGCUGCUAGAUCAAGAUUUUCUAAAGGUUCAAAUCAAUAUCUUGAUGUGAUGAAAAAAAAAAGGGAAGUGCAUGAGGGUAUCAUAAAUUUAGUGCAUCAAAAGAAUUCUGGUGAUCCAGAUCCAAAGGAAGAAAUGGUGGAAAACAUUUCAAACUGGGAGAGGAAAGAAGUUUGUGGUAAUAAGCGAAAGUCACAGAGCUUUAGAGAUGAAGACUACUACAUCAGUUCAGUGCCUCAAAACCAACAUUUGGAAGCUGGAUUGUCAGUGAGGGCCAAUGAAGGGUUUGUUGAAAACAGAUUGGAUGCUGCUGUUCUUGAUCUAGUCGAUGAUGAAACCUCGGGUAUGCAGUCACAGAAAACUCGAUAUCACUGGAAAAAGAACAAGUUUGUCAAGUUAAAUAGUGGGGAUCGUGUCACUGCUACAGGAAAGAUUAAGACGGAAAGUGGUGCAACGUUGAAGCCAACAAAAACAGGGAUCUACAAGAAAUGGCAGCAGAAAACACAUAGAGCUAUCAGUAGUGGCGGAAGAUCUGGUCACUUUGCAGAAGAGGGUGCAUCCACGACAGGUAGCCAUCAAAGAGGAAACAGAAAACACACUGCAGCUGGACGUGGGCACCGGUAUAUACCAAAUGCCGAUGUACCGUCCGAGAUUAGAAAUCCCCAACAAAUACAAAAGAGCAGGCAGCAAAAAGCAAUGGAUAUUGCCCGCAUGAAGAAUAAAUCUUCAAAGGACAGUAAAUUCCAGAAAUUCCAGAAAAAUAUCAGGAGGCAUGAUGGACCCUCAAAAGACGGCAAAUUCCAGAAGAACAGGAGACCGGAUGGCAACGGAAAGGGACGGGGGAAAGGCAAAGGAAGCGCAAAUGGAUUUGGUAAAGGGAAGGGGAAAAUGAAAGGGAAGGGCACCAGGUGAUUUGACGAAGAAAAAUGUUAUACAAAAGCACAGGUGAAGGUUCUGCUGCGCUACCAAGAAGAGCAGGUGCUGUUUGCCUUCGAGUGUCAUCCAGUUUUGUUUGCUUGUCUAAUCAUUCUUAAUUGUAAUCCAAAACAUCCGAGGUCUUACCAAGAAUAUAUACUCCAUACCGUAACUAAUUAAAACAUUGGAUAGUGUUGUAAUCUUUUCUUCUGUUUCUGUUUGAGAUUGGUAAAGUCGAUUGAAAAGCAGGUUUUUUGACAUUUCCUGUGAAGAUAUAAAGCCUUCGUUAUUAUUCUCA